UAGUCCUGAGACCACCAGCUCAGAGAAGUAGUCCAGCCACUCCAGAGACGCCCAACCAGACUCACAAUAACUCAACCUGUUAGUUUCAUCCAAUCAGCAAGGAGUGACAGCUUCUCUUAUUCCUGAUCUGAGCUGAUUCAGAUCACUGACAGCUUUACACCUGAGACGCAGAGACAACACAGCAGAGAUGAGGAUGGGGAUGCAGCAACACUCACACAGCUUUCUGGUCCUUCUUCUCUUGGUCUUCAUCGCUGGGAUAGUUCUUUCUGUCCCCUCGACGCCCCGCAGGAGCAGAGUGAGACGUCAGAACAUGAAAGUCCGGAUCAACGCCUCAGGAGACACCAUCGUUAUGAAGUUUUUGCGUCCCAACGCUGACACCAAGCUGGAGGGUUACAUCCUGGGCUACGGCAGCAGCAUGUUCUCCAAACAGUUUAUUCAGCUGCCUGAAAACGGACAGCCGUACGAGACUGAGUUUGAUGCUGAACCCAAAUACCUUAUAGCCGUCCAGCCCAUCCCAACCAAUGAUGUGAAAAAGCAUUGCACAGGUAAAGUGGAACUGCAGAAGCCGCUACACCUGGUCAUCGGCUCGGUAACGCCCACCUCAGUUAUCCUGUCUUGGGGGACCCUGCUGAGAACUCCCUAUGAAGGCAACGUUAUGAAUGACUGUCUUGAGGAGGGACACUACACCGUGCGUUAUCGUGAGAGACACAGGAAGUGGAACUACCAAACCUGCCCAACUAGCGACACAGUCAUCGACAACCUGAAGCCAAACACGGUUUAUGAGUUCGGUGUCCAGCCCAACGCUAAGGAUGUCACCGGAGUGUGGAGCAAGCCGGUCAUUCACAACAUCAGCUCAGGGGGCACCGAGGACAAGCCAAGGAAAAUCAUCGUUAAACGUCCCAUCAACCCUGUGAAACCUUUACUGCCAGGUCCACGCCCCCCCUUUCCUCAACGCCAUGUUCAUCCUAACAGGACCCAGGGCAGACCGCCCUCCACCCGGAAAAUAAACUCAAAGACAACUCUUGCUCCCACCACAACUACUAAAAAGGAAUCUCUGUCGACCCCUGGACCCACACUGCCUGUUGUCACCAAAAAGCCAAUCGGAGGAAGAGACCUUUCCAGAUCUGUCUUGCCUCCCUUCAUGGAGGCUCCUUUACGUCCCAAGCACCGUCCUCCACCACAUAUUACAACCACUGUUGCAGCUGUAACAGCCCUCCAGAAAAAUAUAAAUAAGCACUUAGAGCACAACAGCCAACAACCACAACAGAGACCCCAAUCCCAACCUCAUGCACAACCCCCACCCAAACCCCAGCUCCGGCCACAGUAUCAGCCCCAACCAAAACCAUAUCCCCAAACCCAAAUCCCUCAACUAAAGCCAUGGGUGAAAGCUGAGCCUCAACCACAACCCAAACAAACAUCCCUGCCCAUACUCCAGAACCAACCACAACCACCACCAACAUACCAGCCAAAAAUCCAAACACAACCUCAGUCGGAAUCCUGGCCAAAGCAGCAUCCCCAAUCACAGCCUCAAACCACACCACAUCUCCAGGUUGAAACACAACCUAAACCAACACUGCAGCCCAAACACCAGGCCCAACCUCAAACACAACCCCAGAAAAAGAGCCAAACCCAGCCUCAAGUUCCCACACUUCCCCAGCCCACACCUGUGGCACAUCCUCAAUCACAAACACAACCUGUACGCGAAACUAACCCUGAACUUCAACUAACCACAAAGCAGCAGACUGAGGCCAAACCAACAACUAAACCAAAGACCAUUUCUUUACAAUCCAAUCCCAAUUCACAGACUCGACCAAAGGGUCCAUCAUCUAAAAAGCCAAAUCAUAAGUCAAAGUCUGAAAAUACGCCCCAAACAAGAAACCGACAAGAACCUCCCCGUGAGAGUAAGCCAAGGUCCCAAGGACAACCUCCAAAAAAGAUCCAGGCCCAACCAAAGCCCUCUCCACCCAAGCCACAACCUCAACCUGGGAUUCAUUUUCAGACCAGGACCUACUCUGAUCCCACCAAGGUCACCCCAAGGCAGGCAGUCCCUACGGCUCCUAGUCCACCAGAAGAGGGCAAGCCUCUGCCAAGACCUGCCCUGGCUACAGAGAAGGCUGAUAGUUACAAUCAGGGUACUAGAGUCCUCAAGCCGUCCAUUGCUGCAGUUCCUCGUUCUCCCAUUAGCUCAUCUGUUCCCCAAGCAGGAAGAAACAUCACGCGCACCCGGGUUCCUCCUCAAACCCCUCGUAUUAGUGGAAGGCCAUUUACUCCGUCCAAGACAUCCUCCUCUCACAGCUCCAGCACACCUGGGGCAACCGGUGGGGCGCGUCAUAGGGGAAUUGCUUAUCCUAAACAUGUGGUGUGGCCCAAAGAGAAAACUGUCCCUACAGUCCUGCGUCCUAUCAACAAGAAACCCAACCUGGUGGGGAAACCUAGUGACAAUGAUAAACCCAUGGAUUUGAAACAAGGAGGCAAGGAAUCCAUCUUGAAGCCAUUUCCUCUGGUCACAGCCAAGCCCAAGCAAGAGCGCAGACAGCAGCACACGACCAGCUCGGCCCCGGCACUAAACACAAGCCGUUUUGACAUGAAUGACAACUCCUCCGUAUUCAGCCAUUCUCCUGUGUCAGACUUAGACAUCAUGGGCAAGCCGCGCUUUGUAGGUCCCCAUGUGAUCUACAAGACGGACAAGAAGCCAGACGAGCCGUGCUCCAUCACCUCCUCCCUCAGUUUCUUCGCUGAUGAGGAGGGUGGGGAUCAGAAUGUGACUGGUCCUCCCCGCGUCCCCCCCACCAACCUCACUGUGGUCACUGUGGAAGGCUGCCCGUCCUUCGUCAUUCUUGACUGGCAGAAAACUGAUAAUGAAACCAGAGAGUAUGAGGUUGUAUCCACCACUAAAGGACCAAAUGGAGAGGAGGUGUCCGUCCUGACGACCAACCAGACACACACAGCCGUGGAGAAUCUCAAACCAGAGAGCAGUUAUGAAUUCACAGUAACACCAAAGAAUGAGCUGGGAGCCGGACCCUCCAGUGACCCUGUGACGUUUAGCACAGAAUCGGCGGACCCACGAGUGAGCGAACAUGCUUCAGGCAAAGAUGCAAUCUGGACUCAGUUCCCAUUUAAGUCUGAUGACUACUCUGAAUGCAAUGGAAAGCAGUAUGUGAAGAGGACCUGGUACCGGAAGUUUGUAGGAAUCCAGCUCUGCAACUCGCUGAGAUACAAGCUCUACAUGAGUGACUCUCUCACUGGGAAGUUCUACAACAUUGGAGAUCAGACGGGACACGGAGAGGACCAUUGUCAGUUUGUGGACUCCUUCCUGGACGGACGCACCGGCACCCAGAUGUUUGCUGACCAGCUACCAAGCAGACAAGGGUUUUACAGAGCGAUGAGACAGGAGCCCGUCCACUUUGGAGAGAUUGGAGGAAAGUCACAUGUUACUUACGUAGGCUGGUACGAGUGUGGCACACCCAUCCCUGGGAAGUGGUAAAAACCCCACAGCGGUUUCCAGGAAGGAUUCCUUUAUUGGAAAGUAGGAAGAAGGAGACGCCUGCCUUACCCUGAAGGGAGGUGGGCCUUUCUGUCAUGUUACCAUGGACACUGUAGAUGGGUCUGUCUGUUUGAGCUCCUUUCUCAAAGGGUUGAACCUGUACACGACUCUUAGGUGUCACAAAACUCUUCUUGAGUGCAUUUGUAACAUUUGUCUUAAUUUCUCUAUUUAUCAAAAAUGCAUUCAGCAAACAGGUGUUUGAGAGAACCAAAAUGUUGAAUAUACAAUAAUUACAGAGAAAAUGGUUGGAAGCUGGCUCCCAAAGUGUUAUAACUUGUAUGAUAUUAUUUAUCAAAAGGGGAUCGUUAUUGAAUAUUCUGUGUGUGCUCGGGCUUUUGAAAUGAGGAAGUACAAAUUGUUCCAAAUACUUGCAUGUCAGUGAGCACACACAUUGUGUUAUAUGUAUACAGCACGGUACCAAUCAUGCUUUCAUUGUACAUUUGGACUUUGUAAAAUACAAGUACACACAGACAUGCAGAAUGGACCUUCUGCUGGCUCUAAGGGAUUAUUAGCAGUUGCAGUUUGCACAGUAUUAAACCUUUUGUUAUGUAUAUGGUGUGGAAUACAGUAUGUAUACCAGGGAUCCUUUAGUUUGAUACAUUUCAGGUAAAAGACUGCUCUUAGCCAAAUUGUAUUUUUAGAAAGCUAAUGUAGCUCAAACCCAGCGUUUCUAUGGACUCACUUGGAAAGAUUUAUGUAGUUUUGAUGCUGAGUCUUGUCCUUUAUUUUAUAAAAUAACAUAUAUAAAAAAAAUAUAAAUAAUAAACUGAACUUCAACGUGGAAACAAAAGUACAUUUCAUAAUUUAUGUUUUUGUGUUCAAACUUACGAAGUGUACAUAAAGCUAUGAAUCAUUGGAGAGAAAGACUGCCUUUGUUUUUGAUGCCCAAUGAAUGUUUGUUUGUUUUCAGCAAUAAAUCUUGUUUUUAUAUUUACUGAUA